GGAUCUACCUGUCAUCAGUGCCGCCAGAAAACUAUUGAUACAAAAACAAACUGCAGAAACCCAGACUGCUGGGGCGUUCGAGGCCAGUUCUGCGGUCCCUGCCUUCGAAACCGUUAUGGUGAAGAGGUCAAGGACGCUCUGCUGGACCCGAACUGGCAUUGCCCACCUUGUCGAGGAAUCUGCAACUGCAGUUUCUGCCGGCAGCGAGAUGGACGGUGUGCCACUGGGGUCCUUGUGUAUUUAGCCAAAUAUCAUGGCUUUGGGAAUGUGCAUGCUUACUUGAAAAGUCUGAAACAGGAGUUUGAAAUGCAAGCAUAAUGUCUGGAAGACUAACUGCCUUCCACUUCUCAAAUCUCCCUGGUUAAACUUUUCAGUUUUGUCAUUAAUCAAAACCUGAGUUAAGAAUCUUGAUAAUCAAUGUUUUAUAGGAAUCUCAAGUCAAGUUAACUUCAUUAGACACACACGUGUUUCUGGAGCAUCACGGAAGGUAUAUUGCGAGUUUUACUUUGCUCUCCUGCAGUUUCUCCUCUGCUUCCCCACCCCCACCUCAUAGCAUCCCCCUCUAUUUCUGGUGGUCCUCUUCCAUCGCUAAGUUUCUGGAUUCUUUUUAAAUGAAGAUUUUAUGAAAGCAUAUUUGAUUUAAUUGGUAUUGAAAUAGCCCUGGAGUCC